AUGAGAAUAGCCGCAUCAGCAGCAGCCCGGGCUUUCGCCAAAGCAGCUCGACGGACGGCCAGGCCGGGACAGAUUGGGGAAGGCGUCAGCCACGGCGAAGCUGGGCGAACAAUGGCGGCAACAAGAAUGCGAGCCAUCAAUACUGCUACGGGGAUUCAGACACACGUCGGGGCAGCCGCCGUACUCGUUUCAAAGGUGGUGAUGAUCUCGUGUUCAUCAUCAGUAGCGCCGACUUUUUUGGAAGAGGAAGAAGAGGAUGAGGAUGACGAUGGAGGACGGAGGAAUUGA